AUGAGAACAAGAGCCUUAACCCCGAGCUAUUCCACCAGCAUUAGCAUUUAUACAGUGUGUCUGCUCCACCAAUCAAUCCUCUCCUUCUACUCUAAGAUCCUCUACAGGUUCGACGACGAGGGCGUCCACGAGGAGCGAGAAACUUCAUUAGCCAGUCAACCACUCAGUAAGCCACCCAGCAGAGCACCUAGGAUAUCCUCUCUUCGCCGGAUUCCCUCACUCAGGAUCGAUCCACCCGGCGAGAACCAUCAGCAUUCGAGCACGUACUAUCGUAGGAACGUGGACGUGGACGUGGACGUGGACGUGGCCGAGGACGUGGAAGGGGACGUGGAAGGGGACGUGGAAGGGGACGUGGAAGGGGACGUGGACGUGGAACAAGCAGUGGUGAACCUAGCAGUGGUGAACCUGCUAGUAGCCAAGGACGUGGAAGGGGACGUGAGGGUGCCUAAGAAGCAGGAUGAUCAAUAUGUAGAUUUUUAA